AUAUGUAGCUAGCUUAGCAUAAAGGGGGGAAACAGCUAGCCUGACAGUCCAUAGCUGCACGUUAUACCUCUCUUCCUGAAUACUUGUCAUUGCCAUAAGGGGGCCUUCUUCAGGAAGUGACCCACCAAGAAAUAAUCUGACACAUAAUGUUCUGCAAAAUCAGAACAUGUUUUUACACUUUUGUACAGGUUAAACUAAUGAACAUGUUAAUUAGCUUUAGAGGUGCUGUAGGUGUUGCCUUUGGACAGAGCUAGGCUAGCUGUUACCUUUAUUUUAACCAUAGAGUGGUUUCAAUCUUCUUAUCUAACUUUCAGCUGAAAUAAUUUAGUUUUAUUUUCCAUCUUGGAAAGGUUCUGUUGAAUUUUGGUCUAGAGAUUUUUUUUUAGUUUUUUAGUUGAUAUCGUUUUUCUGUAUUUGGUGCUCCUCUGUUUGUCAGUUCCGCCAUUGUGGUUAUUAUGUGUUAUGGAAACUACAGACUGAUCCAUCCAUUUUGUCGAAAAUAAACCCUAUUGCUGCAUCAUGAAUUGUAAAAUGAGUCACUUCCUCUGCAGAGAAGGACUGAAUGUCCAUGGAUAAUGUAUUUUCUCACAGAUGUUUACAAUUGCAGAUGAGAAACACUUUUCUAGAGGACAUGUCAUCGGUGUACGACUUCGACCCGAUAACCGGCAACAUCCCCGCCACCAAAGUAGAAAUCACCGUCUCCUGCAGAAAUCUGCUGGAUAAAGACACAUUUUCCAAGUCAGAUCCAUUAUGCGUGCUGUAUACACAAGGUGUUGAAACCAAACAGUGGAGAGAGUUUGGCAGAACAGAGGUGAUAGACAACACCCUAAACCCUGACUUUGUUCGAAAGUACAUCUUGGACUACUUUUUUGAGGAGAAGCAGAACCUUCGCUUUGACUUGUACGAUGUUGACUCCAAAAGCCCAGACCUGUCCAAACAUGACUUUUUGGGUCAGACGUUCUGUACUCUUGGGGAGAUUGUUGGAUCACCAGCCAGUCGACUGGAGAAACCACUGGGAGGGAUCCCAGGGAAGAAAUGUGGGACUAUCGUCUUGUCUGCAGAGGAGCUGAGCAACUGUCGAGACAGCGCCACUAUGCAGUUCUGUGCCAACAAGCUGGACAAGAAGGACUUCUUUGGCAAGUCGGACCCUUUCAUGGUGUUCUAUAGAAGCAAUGAGGAUGGAACGUUUACUAUCUGCCAUAAAACAGAGGUGGUGAAGAACACAUUAAAUCCAGUCUGGCAGCCUUUUACUAUACCGGUACGGGCGCUCUGCAAUGGAGACUACGACAGAACAAUCAAGGUGGAGGUGUACGAUUGGGACAGGGAUGGCAGCCAUGACUUCAUUGGGGAUUUUACGACCAGCUACCGAGAGCUAGCUCGAGGGCAGAGCCAGUUCAAUGUGUAUGAGGUGAUAAAUACCAAGAAGAAAAUGAAGAAAAAGAAAUAUGUCAACUCUGGAACAGUGACCCUUCUCUCAUUCUCAGUGGAGUCUGAGUUCACAUUCUUAGAUUACAUCAAAGGAGGGACGCAGAUCAAUUUUACUGUGGCCAUCGAUUUCACAGCAUCUAAUGGUAACCCUUCCCAGUCCACUUCACUGCACUACAUGAAUCCCUACCAGCUGAACGCCUACGCUAUGGCCCUGAAGGCUGUAGGGGAGAUCAUUCAGGACUACGACAGUGACAAGAUGUUCCCCGCACUGGGCUUUGGAGCCAAACUGCCCCCUGAUGGACGGGUGUCACAUGAGUUUCCACUGAAUGGAAACAUGGAAAAUCCGUACUGCAAUGGUAUUGAGGGCAUCUUAGAGGCAUACCACCAGAGUCUGAAGACAGUGCAGCUGUACGGUCCAACUAACUUCGCUCCUGUGGUGAACCAUGUUGCCAGGUAUGCGGCUGCUGUACAGGACGGCUCUCAGUACUUUGUGCUCCUCAUCAUAACAGACGGCGUCAUUUCCGACAUGGCCCAGACGAAAGAGGCCAUUGUAAAUGGUGCCAAGCUUCCCAUGUCCAUCAUCAUAGUUGGAGUGGGUCAGGCGGAGUUUGAUGCUAUGGUAGAGCUGGAUGGUGAUGACAUCAGGAUCUCAUCCCGGGGGAAACUGGCAGAGAGAGACAUUGUUCAGUUUGUUCCCUUCAGAGAUUAUAUGGACCGGACAGGCAACCAUGUGUUAAGCAUGGCUCGGCUCGCUAAAGACGUGCUAGCAGAGAUUCCCGACCAGUUCAUCUCUUACAUGAAGAGCCGGGGGAUCAAACCCAACCCGGCGCCACCUCCUUACACGCCGCCUGGACACACACACCACCACACGCAGAUCUGAAGCCCUUCCCCUGGCUUUUCACUGAGGACUGACAGCAUGCAGCAGCCACUCAGAGUUCAGAGGGAACUCUCUGACUCCUGUUUUGUGGGGCAAACAGGAGCUGACGCACCAGGAAAUGGGUGUUGAAUUUUGUGCCGUAUCCUCCCAGUGACUAUUGGAGCAGCAUUUUGGGUUGUUUUUUUUCCAGUUUAGUCUGUAAUAUAAUAAUUUGUCUGGUUUCUCUUAAAAAGAGGCUGCAAACUUUCUGAGACUCAUUGGUAACAGCCUUUUAAUCAACACAGAGGCAGUGACUGUUUCACGUCUGAUUUGACAGCAGGUUGGUUCAAAAAGGUCAUGUUGUGGUUAAAACUUGUGCCUGUCUGUGGUUGUUUCUCUAAGUGUAUCAGGACAUGUGAACUUUGACCUAAGCCUUGCUCGUCAGACAUUGGUGUGGCCUAUUACAGUGAUAUUUUUUAGGCACCUUUUCCCUUCCGGAAUUAGUUUUUAUAUUUGGGGAUUAUCUCCAUAUCUGCAUCAAUUAUGAUGGAGGAAAAACUACAGGUGUGUAGUUUACAAUUUAUUACGUUGAAUAUUAAUCAGGCAUUUCUUACCAUAAGGUGUCACAUCUUCUCUUCUUUAUUAGGUAAAUGUUUAUAAGAGCAUGUUGUAUGAGAAUUUAAUUCCCCAAUAUAUUUAUUCUCGAAUGUUAUUCAGAGUGGCAUGGACAUGUAAUAGAUCUGUCAGAAACGUUAUACAUUUUGAAGUGGUCACCAAUUAUUUAUAAGUGAUUGCAUAUAAAAAGCACAAGACAACCUGUCUCUAUACCAAGGACAAGACUAUGACUUUGAUACCAGGUUACUCAUAUUUAAUCAUUUUGAGUGCUGCUAUUUAUUGUUUCUAAAGAAAGGACCCAGUUUAUUCAUGCAAGUCAAAUAUCUUUGUAUUGCAUCUGCAAUUGUCAUUGUUUCAUUAAGUAAGGAUAAAUUCCCAUCGGAAAGAACAACAUCAACCAAUUUAUCAUCCCCUGCCCCUGUUUAUUUUUAUUUUUAUAGUAGACAAAAAAGUUGUUUUGGUUGGUUGGUUUUGUAAUGCAGUAACUACAAAAUACCACAUAAGUAAAAGACGGACCAUGAAACAGGACAAAUAAAUAAAGAACACAAAAUAUAACCAAACAUGUAAUAAAUACUAUCAUAGCUGGGCCACCAACCUUGCAAAAUGGGCAACUGCUCCACAUUACUAUGUGGUAAUUUGAUUAAUUGCCCCUUUUUGGUAAUAUAUGCCACUAAAGCACAAUAUACACAGAAGGUAAGAAAAUGAAAAUAUCACUCAUUCAGCAAACAUGGGGGAACUGUGACACUCCACUGUAGGAACACUGGUUGGUUUAUGUAAAAUGACUUGGGAAAACCACAGGGACACAGUGAUUAAUUAGGGCGUAUAUCUCAUUUUUGCCCCAGGGCCCAAUAGUGGGUUAAUCCGGCUCUUAUACUAUUACAAACACACCACCUCUGCAACCCAGAGACUCCCAUGUCAAUGCAAAUCCAUAAGCCCCCAGUGGCCAUGCAUCAGCAGCCACAUAACCUCUGUCACCACAGACUUCACACUGUGAGUGAGUACGAUCACACAGUUCCUCCCUGGAGAUUUACAUUUAAUACAGCCCAGUCCUUGCCACAGUGUGCUACAAGUCUCUGGUGGGAGACCGUUCACAAGUGGUCUCCAGAGUUAUGGGAUUAAUUUCAUUACAUUCAGUACAUAAGUAAAUCUUUCAUGUGUAAACACAUUAACAAUCUGUCUUUACCAAAGGGUAAAGAGGGAUUCUUCUGUGCUAAUCUUAGUUUUCUGUAUCCUCCUACCAUCUGUGACGUCAGUUUAGUGUGAAGAAACAGAAAGAAACUGGCUUCUACGUAGCAAAUCUAAUUUUACCGCAUCAGUAACGGAGUUUAUAAUUUGAGAUGCAUCUUGGCACAAUGAUGCAACUACAAUUCCUGACGGUCCUAUGAUGUGUUGCCUUACAAAAGUGCGAUAAUACUCUAAAAAUGACAACAUUUAAAAGGAAUAUGAUCCAUGUAAGGAUGUUUUGAUCAAUGAGCACACGGGGGGAGAAGUAGGAUUAGAACAGACACAAAGAGAAGAACGUUUUUCAUAAAAGUGCAGAAUAUGUAUCACUCGAAAUACGUUUUGUCUCCCAUCAUGUCCAUCAUCUAACAAACCACACAGUAAUUUUGCUCAAGCUGCAGACAAUUUUUCCUUCGAUUUGUUUUGUUUUCUAGUACAAAGCCUAAAGUAGAAAGGGUAAUGAUGUAGUUAUAAAUGGAACAGGACACCCUGCUCAUGCAGUAGAUGUAGAAAGGUUCAGAUUGAGGGCAGCCAUACACAUGCUGCAUAAAAAGGGAUUUUCAUUGGAUGCAGAUCCUUCAUUUACCUAGUUUAUUGAUUUUUCUAGUCACGCUAGCAGUGGGGCUGUAUGAUGACAAUGAUGGACAGUCCAACACUGAAACUGAAAUUUGGGUUCAGACUUGGGUUCAAUUUCAUUGUCCCCAGGGGAUGUAUCCUAAUGACUUUGGUGAUUCCCUGAAAUCUAUUUAGGACCAAAAAUGAAACGACAUUCCUAUCAGCCUCAGCCUUUGGGUUAAGUGCCAAUUAGUAAUUGUUUGUUUGCA